AUGAAAAUGGCGGCAAGACGGGCAGUGUACUUUCUCGUUCUUUGCAGCUUUUCUGGCCUCAGUGCUUCGGAUCCUUUCCAUAAACUAUCAGAUUGGCUAGUAAAGUUAGAGAAUGUUAUACGAUCGCGGCAGCAAGAACUUAAACCUCAAAAGUGUAGCGAAGAACUCGACUUGUACAAGCACGAUAUCAAUUUAGACACGUUAAAAUUAGUGAGCGGCAUUUUGAGUACGCAAAAAGACUUAACGCUCGGACAUUUCUUAAGAAUAGCGGUACAAGGUUAUCGAGACGGAAAACAUUUUCAAAAAUAUAAUUCUCGGCGGACGCAAUUGGGAGACAUCUUCCUCGCUGAAAAGGAUACCGCACCAUCACCAUCAAUACCUAUACUAGAUUAUAAUGACGACGACGAGGAGGAUGUCGUGUUUCCGCCCAGCUUCAACUUCCCACCAGCCCCGGCAGCCAGGGGCCUUUCAUUCCCAUCACAACCAUAUGUCAAUGUCGAAGUCGAUUUCUCCGGUGCCUCAUCACCCGCCGGAAGUGGUUACAUAGUGGAAAAAGUUCCCCUGGAGCCAGAUAUGCGAACCCGAAGCGCCCUCUAUAGCGCAAGCGAUAGAUUUAAAGAAAAAUACGGAUAUGACGUACCGGAUCCAUUCGAUUUUGAAGCAUCUGAUAGUGAAGUUUGUAUGAAUGCAGUCAGUAGCGUAGGAGGAGUGCGAAAUACCAAUACGCGGGUGUGGUCAAUCACUAUCCUUGGGCGAGAUAAAAAAGAACUAGUAACAAGUAGCUGUUUGCUGGAAUUGGACCAGGAUUACAGACUUCUACCGGGCUAUACAGUGCGUCUACAAUAUCAAACCAGCACCAAGACAAAUUAAUGAGGAAGCGUGUCCUAACUCAUGCGGUUGAAUCACUACAUUGGCGAGUCUUCCUUCACAUCUGUUUAACCGCACUUAAUAUACUGUACGCUUCUGAAAUACCAACCAACCAGAUAGCUUGUUAGAGAACUCGUUGUCUAUACGAAGACUGCUACGAAAUUUCUGAUUGGUUCUGGCAAUUUCUAAGUGGUUCUGUAAUCGUUGUGGUCGUCGCUUCGAUUUUAAUGAGUAGCUGUCACUUCGUGUGUGGGAGACCCGUGGAUGUGACGGGCUCAACCAAGGAAAGAUCAGACAGGAUCAGAUAUUUUCACAUGUACAUAUACACUGCU